GGAGAGCAUUUUUAUUUUCAGCUUAAAUCGUUUUCGAGAUGUCAACUGACCAUGUUUGCUUGUGAUUCUUCAGAGCGUGACAAGUGAAUCAGCCUUGGAAGUCGAGACCCCUCAAGAGAAUUUUCCUGUCCGCUCGCGUUUGCCGCCUGAACGAUGCAGACGGUCCCUUGCCCUGACGGCUCAGUGUUUCCCCCUCCCCCACUCGGGUGUGUCCGCUACUGAAGCGCAAUAGGCAUGAAGGUGAUCGGUCCCGGCUGCUCCCUGGGGUGAAAUAUCUGUUCUUUCCCAAACUAGAAGCCCAGGCUGCUGGGGCAGAGAAAGACUGCGAGAGAAGAGGAGCGAACGAGAAAACAUAAAUACAUUUUCAACCUUCAGACUUCAUUAUAGUCCACAAAAAAAGUUUUUAUUCCUCCUCCUGUGCAAGGAACUCUGUCAAUUGCUGGACCAAGUUUGCCUCAAAAAGACCGUGGUCUUUUUUUUUUUUUUUACUGCUCUUAUUGAGAGCUGGUAAAUAUACUAAUGUCAGAAAACUGACUCAACAGGUUUUAUUGUUCAUGUAUUCGUGUUUUGAAAAACACAAAGGUGGGAAUCGCCUUCUCUGAGAAAGUCCCUGUCUCAGUCUGUGCUCAAACUGCUCCAGGAGUUUGUAGACCUGCUGCUCUACCUCACUCCUUCAGCAUUGCCCCAAGCUGCUUCACCUUACCUGGAAAGGAUAGUGGGUGGAACAGCUUUUCCUGGGUCGGUAGGGGGUUCGGCUCAGGGCAUUUAUGCUAUGGUUAGCUGCUUCCUACCGUGCUAUUUACACACAGGUUCUGAGGGAAUCUCUGUGCGGCCCCAGGACAAGGGAUAGUCAGGUGAUCCAAGUCCAGGAGGAAUAAAAAAAGGAGAGGAAGGCAGCGCCACAAGGGCGCAGGCCAGGUCCUCCCGAGGCCUACGGUCCCAUUUUUCUUUGCGGUCAGGCCUCAGGGCCCCCGCAUCCAUUCAGGCCGCAGCCAUGGUGAAACUGGCCAACCCCAUGUACACCCAGUGGAUCUUGGAGGCCAUCAAGAAGGUGAAGAAGCAGAAACAGCGACCAUCAGAGGAGCGCAUCUGCAAUGCUGUGUCCAUGUCCCAUGGCUUGGAUCGUAAAACAGUGCUUGAGCAGCUGGAACUCAGCGUUAAGGAUGGCACCAUUCUCAAGGUCUCAAACAAGGGCCUCAACUCCUACAAGGACCCUGAUAACCCUGGGCGCCUUGCUGUGCCUAAGCCCCGCAGUGGCAGCAGCUCUGGAGGAGGAGGUGGAGGAGGAAGCUCUGGAGGAGGAGGUGGAGGAGGAAGUGGAGGAGGAGGAAGUGGAGGAGGUGGAGGAGGAGGAGGAGGAGGAGGUGGUACCAGCAGUGGAGGUAGCUCCCAUUCUCAUUCGGGGAAGAAGCCGGGGCUGGACUGGAACAAGUUGAUCAAACGGUCCCUGGAGGGGCUCCACGAGGCUGGCGGUUCCAGUCUCAAAAGCAUUGAGCGCUUUCUCAAGUGCCAGGCUGAUGUGGCAGCCUACCUAUCAGGCAGUGGCUCCAUGGGGCCUGGCCUCUUCCACCAGCAGCUGAGGGUAGCCCUGAAGAGGGCGGUUGCCCACGGCCGUGUGGCCAAGCAGGGCCCACUCUUCCGACUUGUCAGCCGGAGUAACUGUCAAGACGAUGGGACUGGGACUGUGUCCUUGGAAUCACUACCACCUGUUCGCCUUCUGCCCCAUGAGAAAGACAAGCCGGUGGCAGAGCCCAUCCCAAUAUGCAGCUUCUGUCUGGGGACCAAGGAGCAGAAUCGCGACAAGAAGCCCGAGGAGCUCAUCUCCUGUGCCGACUGUGGCAACAGCGGUCACCCGUCCUGUCUCAAGUUCUCUCCUGAGCUCACGGUGCGAGUCAAGGCACUAUGGUGGCAGUGCAUUGAAUGCAAGACCUGCAGCAGCUGUCAGGAUCAAGGCAAGAAUGCGGACAACAUGUUGUUUUGUGACUCAUGUGACCGAGGCUUCCACAUGGAGUGCUGUGACCCUCCACUCACGCGAAUGCCAAAAGGCAUGUGGAUCUGUCAGAUCUGUCAGCCCAGGAAAAAGGGAAAGAAGCUUUUACACGAAAAGGCAGCACAAAUCAAACGGCGAUACAAUGCACCGCUGGGGCGGCCCAAGAACAGACCCGGACGGCCAUUCAAGAAGCUGGGUGGGCGUGGCCGACGGAAGCGCUCAGCCUCCCCCAACUCUUCCUCCAGCUCCUCAUGCGAGGGUUACCCCGGUGACGACCGGCUCCUGUUUUCCCUCCGAGAAGACGAUGACCCAACGCAAAGCAGCAUGCGCUUCAACAAGAAGACCAAGGGUCUGAUCGACGCCCUCACUAAGUUCUUUACACCCUCGCCUGAAGGCCGCAAGCCACGCCAGGAGGUGGUGGACUACUCGCAGCAAUGCCGCAUCCGAAAGAAGGCCAGUCGUAAGGGAGAGGGAGAUGACAGGACAGACAAUCAGGAGGGCAGCGACUGGCGGGAUGAUGACGAUAAGCUUCCAGGACAUGAAAACUUGACAGAGAAAGACAUUGAACUGUUCAGGCACAUUCAGGAGCUAGCAUUACAGAAAGUUGGGGUGACGGGCCCACCGGAUCCUCAGAUGCGUUGUCCGUCUGUCAUUGAGUUUGGCAAGUAUGAGAUCCAGACUUGGUACUCCUCUCCCUACCCCCAAGAGUACAGCAGACUACCCAAGCUCUACCUGUGUGAAUUUUGCCUGCGCUACAUGAAGAGUCGCAGCAUCCUCUACCAGCACAUGAGGAAGUGCAACUGGUUCCACCCCCCUGCCAAUGAGAUCUACAGGAAGGAUGAUGUCUCUGUGUUUGAGGUGGAUGGAAACGUGAGCACUAUCUAUUGUCAAAACCUAUGUCUCCUAGCCAAGCUGUUCCUCGACCACAAGACUCUGUACUAUGAUGUGGAGCCCUUCCUUUUCUAUGUCCUGACUCAAAACGACAGCAAGGGCUGCCACCUGGUCGGCUACUUCUCCAAGGAGAAGCACUGUCAACAGAAGUACAACGUGUCUUGCAUAAUGAUUCUUCCACAGUACCAGCGCAAGGGUUACGGACGUUUCCUCAUUGACUUCAGCUACCUAUUAUCUAAGCGUGAGGGCCAGCCGGGCUCCCCAGAGAAGCCAUUGUCGGACCUGGGCCGCUUGUCAUACAUGGCCUAUUGGCGUAGUGUGGUCCUUGAGUGUCUUCAUCAAGUGCGUGACCGCCAGCUCACCAUCCGUCACCUCAGCAAGCUAACGGGGAUCUGCCCACAGGACAUCACUGCCACCCUGCACCACCUCAACAUGCUGGAGCAGCGUGGCGACAGACUAGUAUUGUUGCGGAGAGAAAAGCUGGUAACCAGUCACAUGAGCCGCCUCCAGGCUCGGCCACGACGGCUGGAUGUGGACCCAGAGUGUCUUCGUUGGACCCCAGUCAUUGUCACCAACACUGUGGUUUCUGACGCUGAGGGAGAGGACAACGAUGAUGAGGACAAUGAUGAGGAGGAUGAAGAGGGGGAGGAAGACAACCACAAGGAGAUCAAGCCAAGCCAAAAGGUGUCACCACUUUCCUGGCAUAUGCGCCAAGAGAGGGAUGAUCAAGAGGAGGACAAAAAGUGCUUCCCGGGGUUUCCUAUGAGCCAGAGUUCUUUUUCCUCCACCCUUCACUGCCUGACGCCUGUCUCUGAACCCCGUCUCUCUACCCCAACCAACGGAGAACGUAGGCCAAGGGGCCGCCCGCCAAAAAACUGGCCCUGGGGCAAGGUGAAAGACAGUCAGCAGGCCAGUAGGCCACCCAAGAUCCAAAUGGCGGAGGAGGAUGAGGAGGAUGAGGACAGGGAUGAGGGGGGAAAAACUACAGGUUCCUGCAGCAGUCCUCCAUCCCUAUUCUGUUUGGACAGACAGACCGAUCACUCAGUCAUCCACCCUUUGGACAUGGCCAGGCACCCUUCCAUCACACCCCCACGGAGAGGGCGCCCCCCCAGGAAAAAGAGAGGCCCUAAGCCUAGGCUUAGGGACGGGCCUGGAGAGGGGUUGGCACAGCUGCCCCCAGGGGCCCGACUCACUGAGCCUCCGCCUGUCAGAAAGGGCUGCUUCAGCGAAAGCAGUGAAGAUGAUGAUGAAGAUGACGAAGAUGAUGAAGAUGAUGAAGAAGACGAAGAUGAGGAGAGGGCGGCAUGCCCCCUGCCUAUCCUCACUAAGCCAGCCAAGGUGGGGACCAAAUGCAAGAAGCCCUUUAGAAAACGUCGUAUUCGCCAGCGCAGCCACCCUCACAGCAGUGUGGUAACUGAGACCAUAUCUGAAACCACAGAAGUCUUGGAUGAGCCCUUUGUAGACUCAGAUUCAGAGAGGCCCAUGCCCAGGCUGGAGGAGGAGACACCCCUGGGUCACCCUCUCCGUCGCUACCCACCUGCCCGUUCUACCAUGAGGUUCUCAGACCCAGCUCCCAAGAGGGGACGUCGAUCCAACCUUGCUGAGUCAGAGGAGGACGAGCUAACCCCCAUUCUGAAGCCAAUACCUGCACUUGCAGCAGCUCCCUCAGAGACCCUGACAGCUAACCCAGAAGCCCCCAUCAAGAAGAAGAAAGGCUGGCCAAAGGGCAAGAGCCGCAAACCCUUGCACUGGAAGAAACGAGGGCCAGGAAGGCCACCUGGCGGUGGGCCCAACCAGCGGGCAGCGACAGAAAGCCAGGCCCAGUCUGGGGACCAAACACCCCCUAAGAUUAAGAUGAAACCUGGCCGCAAGCCCCGGAGCUGGUACCUUCAACGAGCUCAGGAGGAGGCUGAGAGACAGGAGCAAGAGAGACAGAGGCUGCUGGAGCAGCAGCUAGGCAAAGUCACCCAGCAGCCCCAGACAGAAGACCGCAAGCGAGCCUGCAGAACCAGUGCUGAUGGUACCAGCAAACAGAAAGACUCCGAUGAGGAAGACGACUAUCUCUCCAAGUCUGCUGAGCAGAAGACCCCAAAGAGACGGGGGAGACCGCCCAAGAACCCUGCCCUCCGCCAUCAGCCUCCACCUGCCCCCAAACCAGCUCCUGUCUGCGAUGCGGAGGAGGAAGAAGAGGAGGAGGAAGAAGAGGAAGAGGAGGAGACAGAAAGGGCUUGGGAAGAGGACAAGUCCAGCCCUCCGCUCCCCCGCUCCAUGCUGUCCCCCUCCUCCUCUUCUUCCACGUCAGGGCCUCGGGCCUCUCAGUCACGGCCCCAGGACACAGACAUGGCUGACAGGGAAGACGAGGAGGAUGAUGAAGAGGAGAGGGAGGCUGAUGAGUGUGGCAGCCUUGGCAGCGGUGGAAGCAGACGGCCGGCGGCCAUGCCAGGUUCGGGUAGCAGACGCAGUGAAGACCAUGAUGCAGAUGAUGAAGGCGAUGGCCAUCUAGAGGACAAGAGCAGCAGCAAUAAGAAGAGAAAGAGUCAGGACUCGGAGGAGGAGGAUGAAGAUGAGGAGGAGCCGCCCUCCCACGCCAGCUCUCCCCCUGUUAAAGAGGAACCCCAGAGUGGAGAGGCUUUUUUAGACAUGCAGAGCAGCACAGCCCACGACUACGUCAGCAAGCAGGAGGAGGAGGAAGAGGAGGAGGAGGAGGCUGAAGAGGAGCUGCAAGAGAUGAAAUGUCGACCCUCUUCAGCUGAUCCACAACAGGAGGAGAGGAGGCGCAGGGAGCAAGAGGAGUCUGCAGCAGCUGCUGCAGCUGUGGAGACUGUAACGGCCAUCUCUGUUCCCUCCGAGCCCAUGGAGCUGCAGCCCCUCCACCCAGAGGACAAGGCUGUCACAUUGCUGAUGGAGCCUCAGCAACCCCUUCCACACUCCCACCCCCACCCGCAUGCCGACUUUAAAGAAGAGCUCAGCCACCACCACCCGCAGCACACCCACCACCACUCCAACGAACUGGACCUGGAGACCGUGCAAGCUGUCCAGUCCUUGACCCAGGGUGAGGCCCAGGAUGAGGAGCCUGAGCCACACCAUGGUGCUUACCAGGACUGUGAGGAGACCUUAGCUGCCUGCCGAAACUUGCAGAGCUACAGCCACACGGGAGAGCCAGAGGAGGAGGCUCUGGCUCUGGUGGAAGAAUGUGGGGCUUCUCAACACAGCAGCCCCAUGCCCAAUGCCCCCAUGCCACCCCUGCCCAGCCAGUCAGUGCGCUCUGUCAACAGUCCAGGACUACCCCCUGGGAUGAUGGAUACAGGACUUGCAGGGCAGAGGGGAGGGACUCCUGGCCCCACAGGACCAGGGGCUAGCGGGGGAGGUGGAGGGGCUGGAGGGGGUUACACCCAGAUCACCCCUGAACAUCCUAGCUCCCUCUCCGCCCCCUCCCAGCAGAACAUGGAGACAUCACCGAUGAUGGACGUUCCAUCGGUGUCUGAUCACUCCCAGCAGGUGGUGGACAGUGGCUUCAGUGACCUGGGCAGCAUAGAGAGCACUACAGAAAACUACGACAAUCCCAGCAGCUAUGACUCCACCAUGGGCGGUGGGAGCAAUGGAACGGGGAAUGGGGGAAAUGGAGGGGGCAUGUCAGUAGCUGUGGUAGCAGCAGCCACCUCAGUCUCUUCAUCGGCAGCAUCCUCUUCCUCAAGUUCGGCCACUCCAUCCUCCUCCUCUUCACAAGCCAACAACUGCUCCUUCGUCCCUGCCUCCGGCCUCACAUCUUCUACAGGUGCUGUGGGGUCCCAGCUGGCCAUGGGCAGCUGCAGCCUCAUCCAACAAACGGGACCUGGGCCCAAUAACGGCCCAGGUGCUAGUAAUGGAGGCAGUGCAGUGCCCCAACCACCACCACCCCCACCUCCGUCCAAUACCCCCAGCUGUGGCAUCAAGUCACCCCAGAGCUGUGUAGUGAUUGAGAGGCCCCCUAGCACCAACCAGCAGCAACAGCCUCAGAAGAAGGUGCCCCAGCAGCCUCCACAGCAGCAACAGGCACCCAACACCCAACCUCCACCCUCCGCACCGCCACCUCCACAACAGCAGGCUCUGUCCCAGUGCAGCAUGGGCAAUGGCUUCGCCUCCACACCCAUGAUCAUGGAGAUCCCAGAGAGUGGAGGUGGAGGAGGGAGCCGAAGUCUUUAUGAGCGCAUGGGCCAGGACUUCAGUACAGGGGGCUACCCCCAGCCCUCUGCUACCUUUAGCCUAGCCAAGCUUCAGCAGCUUACCAACACCAUUAUGGACCCUCAUGCAAUGCCCUAUUCCCACUCGGCCUCGGUCACCUCCUACGCCACCAGUGUUUCCCUGUCCAACCCUGGGCUGGCCCAGCUGGCCCCUUCACCCCACCCUCCCCUGCCUCAAGGCCAGCCCUCCAUGACCCCUUCUCCUAAUCUGAGCUCGGGCUCCAUGAACCUAGGCUCCUUGCAGCUCCAGUGUAACAUGCCCACCACGAACAUCGGCCUGCACCCUCCGCCACACACCCAGAGGCUACAGGGCCAGAUGGCCACAGUCAAAGGCCAUAUCUCCAUCCGCUCUAAGGCCACCCAACAGCUGGCUCCAGCCCCGCACCAGCAGCAGCUUUAUAGCCGCAGCUCUGGGGCUGUGGCUAUGCAGGGCACGCCACGCACCCUGGCGGUACAGCGCGGCAUGAUGCCCAACCUUAUGCCCACGCCGGCCGCAUACAACUCCAUGAACAUGACCCCGCUCAAUGCCAUGUCGGCCAGCUAUCGCAUGCCCCAGCCCAUGAUGAACAGUGGUUACCACGGCAACCCCCCUUACAUGAACCAGCCAGCCCAGUACCCCAUGCAGAUGCAAAUGGGCAUGAUGGGAGGACAGGGUUACCCGCAGCAGCCUAUGCAGCCCAAUCACCAUGGCAACAUGAUGUACACUGGCCCCUCCCACCACAGCUAUGCUGGCGUUCCCAAACAGUCGCCUUACAUGAGCAGAUGAGCAGCAGAGAACAAGAUUGGGAGGCAAGGUACCAGAGCGGCUGUACUCUGUGCUUUAAAUGUCCGAAACUCCUGUACAACCUCUCCAAAGCCACAGCUGGCAAUAGAGAGAGAGGGAGGGGGGGGGUUCUUAGGGUUUCCUGUUUUUCAAUGUUGUCAUUUUGUUCCAUUCAUUUGGACUUGUUUCCCCUCCCAGCUGGCUGUGUAUGGGAGUGAGCCAGCAGAAAUGGCCGGGGGGAGGGGGGUGGAGGAGUGGUGUAUAUGGACCUCAGCCACGGCAUGCAGCUCCAGGGCAGGCCUACACACUCCUCCUCUAUGACACGGUUUCACACAGGCCCAGGAGCCUCCUACCAUCCGGUUCAAUGCCCCCACACUAGGCAUGGGAUGUAAGUAGUGGAGGGGGAGAAAGAGGAGCAGACAGUGACUGGAAGACCUUAACUUGUCAAAUUGCGAAAGAGGAAAAAAAACUGGUUAUCUGAGCAUAUUCAACCAUGCACAAUCUUUUAAUUGACAUAGGAAGCCUUACCGUAAAAAAAAAGAGACACUGAAAUAAUGGACUUUUUUUUCUUUAACAUAGUUUUGAAUCUUUUUUUUUUUUGACAAUUAUGAAAUACUUGUGUGUUCAGUCCAACCUCUAUAUGCUUUGGUCUUUAUAUGUGUUGCAUUCUGGAAUGGCAACCUGCCCUCUUGGCUCUCUGUGAAAAAUACACAGAAACAUCCACGUGGCCAGUCAGAAGGCUUUGCGUAGUUCUAGAUCAGCAUGGGAGCCGGGGCCCUCAGUGUGCGAGGAGUAAGCAUUGUCCAGAGUUUGUCUUCCCGAUUGGACGGUGUGUGUCAUAACACACCAAAAUAGUAGAGGUGAGCUCAUCACUGUCAGUAUACCUUGUCCAUGAAUAAACGAGUAGAAUUUUUUUUUUUUUUUUUUUUUUUUGCAGUUUGGCACCACAAUGAAACAUUAAGAUGUAAAUAUUCUGGUACUUCUCAAUAUCCAGCAGCACACACUGGCUAGCUGUCUCCCCCUGGUGGCUCGCUCAAGAAAGUGCAACAUUUCAUAGUUUUUUUUUUGUUUGUUUUUGUUUGGGUUUUUUCCCCUUUAUUCACACUCCACAGACAGUACACAAAAUUUCAACAUUCGAGCAGUUCAGGGAAGGCAGACUUAAAAAUUGAAUUUGCAUUUAACUGCUUUAAGGAACGUUGGUUACUUGAAGCCAACUCCCUUCCCCAUCGUAAAGUGUUAGUGACCCAAAAAGAUUGGGGAGUCUGCUUUGGAUGGUUUUUUUUUUAGUCAAAACUGGUAUUUUGCUGUAAAAUCUGCACUCCCAUUGGCCAGAGAUGAGGCAAUGGACAGUUAUCCUUCAGAAAAGGGUGUGCCUAAAAUGCCUGAUGUACUGCAUUGUAUUUGCCUCCAUCCAGCCGAGAGACAAACGAAUGCAGGGAUGGAGCUGAGUGCAUGUGGUCCCUUUUGGUUCUGGUGUUCAAUCAAGAGGGGUGAAGUUGACCCUAUCGCUCCAUGUUCCAGUAUUCAAUGUCAAAAGAGGAUUUGCUUUUCUUACAACCCGACGUGUUUCAUAUUUUAUUUGUGUGUAUUGUUCUGUUAUGUACUUUUUCUGUUUUUCUCUGAAUUUUAUCAGACCGGGCAGCUUUCUUUUAUGACACAAGCUGACUCUUUUCAACUUUAGAAAAGCUAUUGUAGAGAAAAUGUUUUUUCUAUAAUAUAAAAUGGAAAUUCUGACAUUGAUAUUGGUACUGUCAUUUUUUUCACUUCUGUUUCAGGAAAAAAAACAAUACAUAUUUUUUAGCUCAACUCUUGAGUAACAAUUACUAAGAAAUUCAAAACUAAAAAAAAUUACCACUCACUUUUAGUGACUUUAAGAUGCCUUUAACCUCUCCAUUCCAUCUCAUCUCUAGAGUUUUUCUAUCUUUGUGUAGUAUAUUAAUGCUAUUUUAAACGAAAGGAAAAAACUAAUAUCUAAAGGUCACUUAGCGUCUUUUUUAUUUUUGUGUGUAUAGGAAGACUUCCUUACAUUUAAGAGGCAUGUAAAAAUGAGCUCAGUAUAUUUCUGUCUGUUUAUAUCGCUUCCCUUUUUGUAUCCUUUGUAAUUGUACAUGGUGCAUUGUAAGCUAAGAAUAAAGAGCGAAGGCCGGGUGUGCAGUGAAGGUUGAUUUUUUUUUUCCUUUUGCGCUCGGCGGCCUCAACUCUACUUUGUCCCUGUAUGUAUUUCCAUUUAUUUGUUUUUUUUGUUUUUUCUUUCUUAGCAAAUACUUUCAAAGAGCUCUGUACAUUUUAACAUAAAACGAAAAUAAAUUAUGUU